CUGAGGGCUGGAUGUCGUCUGAUGAGUCUGCUUUCUCCCUGCUCCCUCUCUUAGAGUCUAAGGAUGCCUCUUGGGACUACAGUGAUUUUUACAGAGGACCUUGAGGUGCCUGCAUUCUGAUCGAUGUCAAACGCCACUGGAUUCAUCCCAAGACUCUUGCCCUAGAGGAUGGGCAAAGGGCUCCUGGUGACCUAUGUCCUUUGGGCUUUGGGGGGCCCUGUUGGCCUCCACCAUCUCUAUCUGGGAAGGGACAGCCAUGCCCUGCUCUGGAUGCUUACCCUGGGAGGUGGUGGCUUCGGCUGGCUCUGGGAGUUCUGGAAGCUCCCAGGCUUUGUUGCUCAAGCCAACAGAGUCCAGGGUCAGAAACAGAGGCCAGGAGAGGGGAGACCACCUCUGAGCUUCCUUCGCUUUGCCGCCCAGGUGAUAGUGGGCAUCUAUUUUGGUCUUGUGGCUCUGAUCAGCCUUUCCUCCAUGGCCCACUUCUAUAUUGUGGGCCUUCCACUGGCGGUUGCCUUAGGGGUCUUGCUGGUAGCUGCUGUUGGUAACCAGACCUCAGACUUUAGGAACACCAUAGGAACAGCCUUCCUCACAUCCCCUGUAUUCUAUGGCCGCCCCAUAGCCAUCCUGCCCAUCAGUCUGGCCGCCAGCAUCACAGCCCAGAAGCAUCGCCGAUUCAAAGCUUCAGAGGAGUCAGAGACCCUUAGCGUGCGGCUCUACCGUGUGGGCUUGGCUUACCUCGCCUUCACAGGCCCACUGGCGUAUAGUGUUCUGUACAACACAGCCGCCACCAUUAACUACGCGGCAGAAACCCUUGGCUCUUUCUUGAGCUGGUUCAGCUUUUUCCCACUCCUUGAACGCCUUGUGGAGUCUGUCUUGCUGAUGCCUUGCCGGAUCUGGUGGCUACUGGUGGGGGAUCCGGCCUUCAAUGGCGGCCAGUUCCAGGAAUGGGAAAAGCUCUACGAAUUUGUUGACAGUUUUCAGGAUGAGAAACGUCAGCUGGCUUACCAGGUUCUGGGCCUCCCAAAAGGGGCAAGCAAUGAAGAAAUACAUCGCAGUUACCGCGACCUGGUGAAGGUCUGGCACCCAGACCACAACCGACACCAGACGGAGGAGGCCCAGAGGCACUUCCUGGAGAUCCAGGCUGCAUAUGAAGUCUUGAGUCAGCCCAAGAAGCCCAGAGCAUCCUGGGGGUGAAAAGCAAUCCCUCGAAGAUGGGCUCACUUUUGUCAGCGGCAUAUUCAAAACCUCGCGCCCU